CAAAACAGUCUGAAGUUAAUACUGAAAGCUACAUUGUAUUUUGGACUCACACGGCUCGAGUGCUGAUUGUCGGAGCGUUGCGUUUGAGUUGACAAGUGUCUAAAUUUCAUAUGUUAUAACCGGAUAACGUUGACUGAUGAGCUUGCUAAAGAUAGCUGUUAGCUGGUGUUGCUGACAGUAAAGGAAGGCAGGAAGGAAAGUCUGAAGAAAGUCCGUUGCGCACUGCUGCUUAUGCUGAGCUUGAGCAUUGUUUUUGCCUCCUCAGCUUUAACACUGCGACGUUUUUGGGCAAGGUGACAUUUUUUGUGAAACAUUUAACACAAUUAAAAAAAUACUAAAAGGAGGGUGCGUUUUUUCGGGGGCUUAUGAAACUGUCAACAAGAAGUUCCUUUGGCUAGUCACACAAGCUAGCACGCUACCACAAAACUGUGAAGUGCGUUUUUCAGGUUUUUCGUUGUUUCAUUGUUGUCAGACCGGAACGACAGGACAGACAUGUCGUCGGGUGUGAUUGAGAGCGACGUGUUUAAGGGUGUAAGCGAUAUGAGUUUGAACAAUAGCGCAGAUGUUACAGUCACACCCAGGAGGACUCACGGGGAGCUGGCACGCAGGCUGACGUCGAGCCCCUCGUCGUCUGGAGUAUCAGCAGAAGGCGAUGAAGAGGAACCAGACGAGGUACAACACAGCAGAGCUUCCGCAGUUCAAAAUACAGAGGAGACACUCCAAGAAAGAAGCACAACGAGAAGUUUGAGGGAUGAUCAAAAACACCCCGGGAGAAGACUGCCACAGACAUCCUCACCUUCUGCAAUUAGUGCAAGUCUAGAGCGCCAAGAAUCAGUCGCCACAACAGAAGCUCGUUUAAGAAUGGAAGGAGUUGAGCUGAAGGAAGAGUGGCAGGAUGAAGACUUUCCAAGACCCUUGCCAGAGGAGGAAGAGCUUCAACAUGAGCUUUUUGCUGCAACCACUGAAGAGGAGAAACCCGGUUGUGCAAAGAAAACAAAGAAGAAGCUUGUUGCUCCAGACAUCAGUCUUACGCUUGACCGCAGUGAAGGAUCACGUCUCUCUGAUGAACUAGACGAUGAUACGGAGCUGGACCUAGAUGACAUAGAGACACCCUCAGACAACAGCAAUGAGUUUGACUGGGAAGAUGACCUCCCAAAACCAAAAACCACAGAACUAUUGCAAAAGGGCAUGGAGUCAGUCCAUGAGUAUUCAGCCAUGGAAGAGAGGGAGGACUGUCGGCACUGGCGGGUGUUUCGUAUCGGAGAGCAGGAACACAGAGUUGAUAUGAAGGCCAUUGAGCCUUACAAGAAGGUUAUCAGCCAUGGAGGUUACUAUGGAGAUGGGUUGAAUGCCAUAAUUGUCUUUGCUGUCUGUUUUAUGCCUGAGAGCAGUCAAUCAAAUUACAGAUACAUCAUGGACAAUUUAUUCAAGUAUGUCAUUGGGACACUGGAGCUUUUGGUUGCUGAAAACUAUAUGAUUGUGUAUUUAAAUGGUGCAACAUCUCGUAAAAGGAUGCCAACUGUUGGCUGGCUCAGAAAAUGUUACCAGCAGAUUGACAGGAGGUUAAGGAAGAACCUGAAGUCUUUAAUAAUUGUCCAUCCCUCUUGGUUUAUUCGCACCCUGCUGGCAAUUACAAAACCUUUCAUAAGCUCCAAAUUUAGCCAGAAAAUCAGAUAUGUGUACAGCCUGACAAGCCUAGCAGAACUGGUUCCAAUGGAGUAUGUGUCCAUACCAGAUUGUAUCAAACACUCCCGGAUACUUCUGGACAGGAUUGUAGAUUACAAGUUUGACGACGAAAAAAAUAGGAAAAGCCGUAAAAGCUCCAACCCCGGAUUAGCAAACUGAUUUUCCAAGCAGAGUCGACCAGGACAUGCACAGCAAAGUGGAGGUGGCAGCUGCUGCUCUUCCGGAGUGACCCUGCUGGUGCUGCAAGAUUUGAAGGAAGACUGGUGAUGAAGAAUGUCGAGAACCGCUCGUAUGUUUGCGUUCUAUAUGCUGUGCGACUUGGCGCUUUGCAUCUGGAAAGUGUCUUUUUGAAAUGAUGCUACCUGUUACAAAAUGUGGAACAUGUUGCUGGAAUACCGUCUCAGCUGGCCAUGUUUUACCACAUGCUGUCUGAAAUAUUUUUAAUCCUUUAUAGUUCUGCUAUAUAAUGCCAAAAUGUUAAUUGGUGUUUCGUAGUUACUGUUGUAUUGACAGAUUAUUUAAGGCACUCUUACAAGUUUUAGAAAUGAUUGGUGCAUGUUCUGCUUUAAUACGUUUAUAUAUUUAUAUUCAAAAGGUGACAAUGGACAAAAAUUAAUAUAUUUUUAAGGUUACUUUGAUUUUAAAUUAGUGGCAUUUGGUAGAGCAGCUUUGACUGCACUUUUUUCACUGUUCACUGCUGACUUUCUGUUCAAACCCUGCCUGGUGAAAAUAAAGUUUUAUUUUUGCCCCUCA